AUGACCAUUGAUGAUGCUGAUAUUAACAAUGAACUAAGUAAAGUGCUUGAAUCGGCUACUGAGAACUCAUUAUCUGCAGAUUAUGCGAAGUGCUGCUUUGAGUAUUUGAGGAAUAGUGCCAGGGACCAGAAAUCUUCAAGUUUCCAACAUUUAAUAUGGCAAUUCGUCUCAGCAUGCCCGGAUGAUGUCCUCUGCUCUCAAAUUAUACCAGAAGAUGAUUUUUGGGACCUGAUCAAAGAUUGUGCAACAAAUAUGGAGCCCGAACUUUUGAGCUCAAUAUUAAACUACUUGUUUAAUAUUUUUCUUAGCGGUCAAGAUGUUCAUGAGUUAGGAUUCACUUCUCUAUGCAACCAUUUACAGAAGAGACACAACAUAAUGGAAUACAUACUGAUCAAUCUUUCGCUGCAUUCGUUACAUGUCAAUUUAGUUGCCGAUACUUUGCGUUGUAUUGCUUCAUUUUUGAAAUGCUCAAUGCUGCUUUCCAAAUAUGAUGCGGAGAAGGCUAUCUCCAUAGUUCCAUCCAUAUGUUUUUUACUCCUGGAGUAUAAUUUUCCUACUGUGGUAACUUUACUUCUUUCAAUUGAUGAAUUACGACCUUUAAUUAUAGACGAGUAUUUACCAGUGAAGAUGCAGCUGGCAAAGUUUCUGGAAUCAAAAACAUUACAGCAAGCAUCAAUAGAACUUAAACAAAACCUUUACCAUGCUAUAAGAAACACAAAUAUUUUCUUGAGAAGCUACGAAAUGGAAUUUGGUUCCCUAAAUGACUCUAUGGCUGAGCUUAACCAACUAAAUACACUACAAGUUUACGAUAUGUUGUCUUUCCUUGACAAUUCUAAUACCGUUUUUAUCAAGAAUUUAACAGAGCAAUUACUAUUUAAGAGUAGCCCCUUUCCUUUUUUUAAGGUUAUAUUUGAAGUAUCCUCAGAAAUGCAAAACUUUUUAAACCGUUUUGAUGAAGAUGAUGACUCCAAAAUUUCCAUGGCAGGCCAUAUAUUGAACAGAGAGUCAUUACUAGAGUCUUUAAUGUGUUGCAUACUUCGAUUCUGGUCGGAAUCACAGUCAACUAGUCGAAAUGAUAUGGAUUCUUUAUUGCAACUGGUGCCUAUUAUACUGGACAAAAUGUAUUGUUCUAUCCGAGAUACUAAUUUGAAGAGGUCUGGAUCAGCUUUCGAAGUCGGAAUUGAGCUUCUAGAAUCUUUUGACUAUUCCACGGCAAGACUAUGGCAAUUAGAGAUGAUUAGAAAUUUGCAUUAUCAGCAGUGGUCUGGCCAAAUUUCAGGAUUCGUAGACAUAUUGUCAAACCAAGUACAUGAUUAUGUGCGGCACCAACGUCUACUUUUGCUACAGAAAGGAACAUGGGCAUACUCAGAAAAUCCAAUCGAUGAGGGGUCAACCAAUCCACGAGUCUAUUUCAUUGUGGUAUCAGAUAAUCACGCCAAUUUAUUGGCUAGACGAUUUGACCACAAACUCGACGAGACGCCUUUUGUAGAGGACAAUGUAAUUUGUACUAAAUCUGAAGCCAACUCAUUUCCGAAUCCCAAUAGUACCAUAGUAGUACCUAUCAAAAUUAUCGACUCAUUUGCCAGCAAAGAAUUACGGGCCGAAAACAAUGCAGCUGAAGUCCCCCAAGUGGUUAAUAUCUCGAAGAAAAACAUAUAUACAGAGGUUAAACUACUCGAUAAAUCUCAGAAGUGCUUACUGCAGAUGUAUCUAGAUACAAAGGAAGCGGCAUAUAUUUGGUUAGAUGGACUUAUGCUGAUUUCUAAGUCGAAAUCAAGAGCAAAUAUUUCAGAGAAUACGAAGUCUCAAAUAAAAACUUUGAUUGACCUUAGAAAAGAUGUUCAAUUACUAAACCUUCCGUUUCAUCAGGAACUCCAAGAGAGUCCUGAAGAUAUAGACGAAGAGGAGUUUUACGAUCUGGACACAUUGAAGAAUCUGCCGAACGAAUUUUACUACCAAUAA